AGGUCACUUACUUCGGCACGGUUAUUUUCAUACCAUCAAAUCAAAUAAUCAGAAUUAGCUGCAAUUCAUAUCGCACAAAACUUGGCUAUGAAUUCAAUCAUACUAGCUAUUUUGGCAAUUUUUCUUGCCGCCUCAAUCGAAGGUCAGAAGGAUCUCAAAAAGGAGAAGAUUAAUUCCAGGCCACCAACCAGUGACGUCACAGCUAUGGCCCGUUAUGUGGUCCAUGAAGUGGACUGGGUCAUAAUUGGCACGAUAUCUACUAUUCCCCAGAUAGAGUCUCAGCCCUUUACUAACAUUCUGUCGAUGGUGGAUGGCCCUGUGGAUAACUCUACAGGAGUGCCAUACUUCUACACCACGGAUAUGGACCAGAGCUCACAGGACAUCAAACAAAACAACAACGUGUCCAUCACAAUUAGCGAAUACGAGACAGACUACUGUCAAAGUCACAAACUCGACCCCGAGAGUCCGGCGUGUACCCGAGUCACACUAGUCGGCCGAUUCGUCAAGGUCACAGACGAGGCUGAGAAAGAGUUCGCACUGAAUGCACUGUUCUCGCGACAUCCCGCGAUGGUGAACUGGCCCGCGGACCACGGCUUCUACCCGGCAAAGCUGGAGAUUGUCUACAUAUGGGCAAUUGAUUUCUUCGGGGGUGCUUCCAUAGUAAACAUUGAUGAUUAUUUCAAUGUUAAUUUGUGAGCUCCAUAUAAGCAAUCAUGUAGAAUGAAAUAUCAAUAUUGAAAUGAAAUUUAACGGAGGUUUCCAAUUAAA